AUGGGCAUCCUAAACGAUGCUAAGGACGCGGUCACGUCCACUGCCGCCAAGGCUGCUUCGCGUCUCGCCGCCUCCGAAGCGCCGCGCAUCCUCAAAGACCUUGACAACCUCGUCGAAAGCACCGCAGAACAGGUCGCCAACCUCGAGGCUGCGACCAUCCAAAACACGGAACGCAUCCUCGCUGACGCCUUCUCCAAGGAGGCCCUCGCCAAGGCUCUGCCGGAAAUACAACCCUUCAUCCCCAAAGGGCAGGCGGCCGUGGCUACCAGCGACCAAGUCGCUCCCAGCGGAGCAGCUGGUGCCGGCGCAAAAGCGAAGGACGCCGCGGGUGGGUCGGUGCCGACCUCAUCUGCAGGCAGCCCCUCUCUUUCUCCGAACGAAACACGAGCUGAUCGCCCCGGCCGGCCCGCGACCUCGCGCAAAUCGUCUCGCAGGCAGUCGCGGAGGCCGUCAAGGCGCAAGCCGUACACACUGGUGAACCACGCUGCGAGAGGGCCAACAGGGCAGGCCACGGCAGCGGACUACGUGUCGAGGAGCAGCGUCCCUCAAACUGGUGCUUUUGGACACGGUAAUGCUCAAGUCGGUGCUGCUCAAGCCGGUGCUACUGAAGCCGGUGCUGUUGAAGUUAAUGCUGUUGAAGUCAGUGUCGCGUUACCCUCUGGAACAGGCACCAGCCCGAUGGGUUCGGCGAGCCCGAAGGCAGGUGCAGUGCAUCCUGGCGGGAUUGCGGUGGUGAAUUCGACGCCUUCGUCUACGUUUAAGUCCGCUUGCGAGAGCCCAGGUUCGAGUCCAGAGUCGCCCAUUCUACACGCGAUCCUGACGCCGGCUCCCUGGGCCGGGGAGAGUCCAGUGGGGGAGAGUCCUGCGAGGGACAGUCCCGUGGGGGAGACGUGCUUGGGGCAGAGUCCCGUAGGGAGUCCCGUGGGGGAGACUGGCUUGGGGCAGAGUCCC